UUUUUGUUUUUAAUUUGUUGUCUUGUAUGCCUUCCAAGAGCAUCAAUCAAAUAUAUUUUUAAUCUAAUCGUAUUUUCUCUGAGAUGGAUAUGAGAUGUCGCCCAACAACGGUGAUGUGCUGUGCUCUUGCGGUUCUCUGCUCCGUCGCUCGUUCCGUAAAUGCUUCAUUCGGGGACAGACAGUACCUCAACGAAUGGGCGGUGGAGAUUCCCGGAGGACUGGACGCCGCCAGGUCCAUUGCCAAAGAACUGGACUACCGAGUAGUCCGCCAGAUUGGGGCGCUAGAAAACCAUUACUUGUUCAAACACCAGACUCAUCCCAGCAGGACGAAACGAAGUGCCGAUCACAUCACCAAACGCCUGUCCGAGGAUGAUCGGGUAUCAUGGGCGGAGCAACAAUAUGAGAAGCGGCGCAGUAAGCGGGCGUCACUGGGGUCAUGCCGGGAAUGUCCGGUGGACGAGCUGUUCAAUGACCCUAUGUGGAACCAGCAGUGGUACCUGCAAGACACUCGGACGUCGUCCUCCCUGCCCAAGCUGGACCUCCACGUGAUUCCUGUGUGGAAGAAAGGGUUCACAGGAAAAGGAGUGGUCAUCACCGUGCUGGACGACGGUCUGGAGUGGAACCACACCGACAUCUACCCGAACUAUGACACAGCAGCCAGCUACGAUUUCAAUGACAACGACCCUGACCCCUUCCCCAGGUACGACUCCACCAAUGAGAACAAGCAUGGGACCAGGUGUGCCGGUGAGAUCGCCAUGCAGGCAGACAACAAUAAAUGUGGAGUCGGAGUGGCGUACAACUCCAGGGUUGGAGGGAUCCGCAUGUUGGACGGUAUCGUGACGGAUGCCAUCGAGGCCAGUUCUAUUGGCUUCAAUUCGGACCACGUGGACAUCUACAGUGCCAGCUGGGGACCCAACGACGAUGGAAAAACGGUCGAGGGUCCCGGUCGCCUUGCGUCAAAAGCCUUUGAGUACGGCAUCCAGAAGGGCCGGGGAGGGAAGGGCUCUAUCUUCGUGUGGGCAUCAGGAAACGGGGGCCGCCAGGGGGACAACUGUGACUGCGACGGCUACACAGACAGCAUCUACACCAUCUCCAUCAGCAGUGCCUCCCAGCAGGGCCUGUCCCCCUGGUACGCUGAGAAGUGCUCCUCCACCCUGGCUACCGCCUACAGCAGCGGAGACUACACCGACCAGAGAAUAACCAGUGCUGAUUUGCAUAAUGAAUGCACAGAGACACACACAGGAACCUCCGCCUCCGCGCCACUAGCUGCUGGGAUAUUUGCCCUCGCACUGGAACAGAACCCUGAGCUGACGUGGAGGGAUCUGCAGCACUUGGUGGUGUGGACGUCUGAGUUCGACCCGCUGGCCAACAACCCCGGCUGGAAGAGGAACGGGGCAGGCCUGAUGGUCAACAGUCGUUUUGGCUUCGGCCUGCUCAAUGCCAAGGCCCUGGUGGACCUGGCCGACCCAGCCACCUGGAAACACGUCCCUGAGAAGAAACAGUGCAUAAUCAGGGAUGACUCCUUCCAGCCCAGGGCAUUGAAAGCAGCAGGAGAGAUCACCAUUGAGAUCCCCACCAAGGCCUGUAAUGGCCAGGACAACGCUGUCCUCUCACUGGAGCAUGUGCAAGUGGAGGCCAGCAUCGAGUACACCAGGAGAGGAGACCUACACAUCACACUCACAUCCCCAUCAGUCACUAGCACGGUCCUGCUGGCAGAGAGAGAGAGGGACAUGUCAUCUAACGGCUUCAGGAACUGGGACUUCAUGUCUGUUCACACCUGGGGAGAAGACCCCACUGGCACCUGGACCCUCAAGAUAACUGACACGUCUGGGCGGAUGGAGAAUGAAGGCCAGAUCCUGACCUGGAAGUUGAUUCUCCACGGCACGUCAGAGAAGCCCGAGCACAUGAAGAAACCCCGAGUGUAUGUCCCUUACAACGCUGUCCAGAAUGACCGUAGAGGAGUAGAGCACAUGGACGACAUGAUGGAGGAACUGUCCACCCAGGCUGAGGCCCACUCACCGCAGAAGCCUCAAACCCCUCCUUCUGCCACCCCCAAGAUGAAGCAGAUGAGGCCCUCCUCCCCACCCCUGUCACCCUCCCUGGCCCUCCUGCGUCUCCUCCAGAUGGCCUUCAACCGGCAGACCCCCGCCGCCCUGCCCCAGUCCCCAGAAAAGGCCCCCUCUAGCAGGGGAGAGCAGCACCAGGGCAGGCCAUACUCCAUUCCAGGGGGAGCAGGCCCUCGCAUCGCUCCCCAGACGCUAUACCAGGCCCUGGACAGGAUCAACCAGUACCAGCGGGCCGGGCAGGAUGAAAGCCUUUACAGUGACUACAGUGACGGCUUCUACAGCGCCAAGCCCUACAGGCACAGAGAUGACCGGCUGCUGCAGGCACUCUUCAACAUGCUCUCUAACGACAGGCAGUGAGGGAGGGGGGGCAUGGGGUGGAACUCAGUGUGUGCAGGCUUUUGUUCCAGAACCAACAUAUCCAGCCCUGUAGGAUUCAGGGCCGAUUGAACUAAUCAUGGUCUACAUUGAAGAUUGUGCUUAGUAGUUGAAUCAGGUGUGUUAGUGCUGGGCUCAAGCCUACGCAUCCCUGCGGUUCUCCUUGGUCAAGAUUGGCCACCCCGGGGUAAGGUGUGAGAGAGAUAGGGUGAGGAGGCGGCGGCUCGGCAUGGAAGGAGCAUGCGAGAGAGUGGGAGAGUGAAAGCCAGAGAGAAACUCUUCCAGCCAAAUGUGUUGUUGUUUUUCCAAAGCUCUGCUUUUUUACCUUGGAGCAUUCUAGCCUGUCUCUCUGUUUAUCUGUCUUUCAUUCAGCACAGUUGUAGGUCGGUUGCAUCUCAAUUCCCGGAAGUGGCUUCCCUUCCUCCUCCCCCUCCUCCUAAUGUAGUGAAACCUAGCUAGCCCAUAGACUUCCGCCAUAUUGUUUCAGUCUUCUAAGAUCAGAAUGCAUGAAAGAAAAGAGGCAAGGAAAGGGGGCCCAUAUAGAAUACUUAGAUUCCAUUCCACCCCCUUCCUCCAGCCAUCUAUCCACCUCUAUCCACCAUCAAUCCACCCCCUUCCUCCAGCCAUCUAUCCACCUCUAUCCACCAUCAUUCCACCCCCUUCCUCCAGCCAUCUAUCCACCACCUCCUCCAACCACCUAUCCACCUCUAUCCACCAUCAUUCCACCCCUCCACCAGCUAUCUAUCCACCAUCAUUCCAUCCCUUCCUCCAGCCAUCUUUCCACCUCAGGAUGGGUCCCAAUAGUCUUAAAGGGACACUUCACUUCAAAACAAAAGUUAGUAAGAUGUUUUCAGGCCUCAAAAGUGGUCUGGUGUAGAGAUGAGUUCAUGUACCAGGACAUGUGUUUUUUAGAUCCAACUGUAUGCCUCAACCCCAAAUUAAUGAAAAAAUAUUGCCACUGAAUAAAAUGAGGAAAUGUAUUUCCAUUCAUUCCAGAUUAAGGAAAGGUAUUUCCAUUCAUUCCAGAUUUGGCAUAUAUAUGUAGCUGGAUCUACUCAAGAUUUGACACGGGACAUAGACUCAUCUGUUCAUAACUUUUUGGGUAUGAAUUGUCAGACACAACAAACUUGAUUUUUGAGUCCCAAGAGACAGAGAGAAAAAUAUUAAUAAUUGUAUAUAUUUAGUAUAUCAAUUAUAUUUUGAGGCUCUAUUUAUCACCUUUACCUAUCAGUGGUAUUGAAGAAAUGGAGACAAGAGAAGGAGAUAAGGAAAUAACAUUAAGACUUUUGGGACGCAGCCCUAUUCUCCCUUCACUCUACCACCUGCUUGAGCAUGCUACCUUCAGAAUAUACAUUUCAUAAUUGUAUUAUGACUGACAUGAUCAAAUAUUAUACAAAGACAAUGAUUGUAAUGUUGUUUUUAAAUAUACUUGGCCUCUAAAAUAUCCACCUCUCUAAACUCCAACUCUGAAAUAUCGAUUUAAUAUUUUUACUUUGACAUGUAUUUGUUUUCUGUAAGAGUUGAAGUACUCACUGUGCUACUGUAUCUUAAACCCAAAUCCUAAUUUGAAGAAUGUGAUUUUAAGAUAUAUGCACAAUUUCAAGUUAGGUUUACGACUUUACUUUAAUAUGCUUAAAAAAUGCAGUCCCCGUACUGAUUGUUUUUCAAACUAAAAGCUCAAAGAUGUUGAUAUGUGGCAUAUUCUUCACAGUGUCAACAAAGCAUUGGAGAGUUUGAGAACAGCAGUUCCGUUCUUGGGGAAAUUCUUUAAAUAUUUUAUUUUUAAACAACAACAUACAGUCUAAAACAAAAUAAAUUGGGAAGAUAAGUGACCAAGAAUCAAUUGGUUGUGUAAUUUUUAUGGAUGUUAUCCGACCUUAUAAGAUAUAUAUAGAUAUGAUGAAUAUGAUUGAAGCUUUUGCAAAUUGGCAAUGUUGAAACCAUCUGAAUACUUAUGUAUUUUAACUGCUCAUAUAAAAUAACUAUAAAAAACAUUUUCUUAAGUAUCAUACAAAUGUUGUGCAAUUUGAUUCAUUUUAUAUUCAAAAGUACAAUGCUGCAAUAAAUGAAAUAUUUUUCUAAAAAAAAUAUAUAUGUAUGUAUGUAUAUAUAUAUAUAUAUACUGAUAUAUAUAUAUCCCUUAAAGUCAUUUUAUUUUAGAUUUAGUCAAAUUCUAGGUUUAUAUUAAUACAAACUAAAUGGAAUUAUUAAUAGAAAUGAACACUGCCAAACUGUUGUGCUGCCAAAUUUUGUAAAAGUUUUCCUGUGUUUGGGUGAUUGUAAAACAGGCUUCGAUGUUGUUGCUUCUUUACAAACUCAUAUUAAUACAACUACAUGGUUAUAUGCAACUUAUUGGAUAUGUUCAUUUAUACAAUAUUUUGGUAUUAGUGGACUUUCAUGAUUCAAUCCAGUUAUACUUUACUGUAGGCGGGGCUUCACACCAAAAAACCAUAACACAUUUAUAGUAUAAUGCCUUCAUAUGCCCUACAUAAACAUUCACGUUUAUGCUCAACUGCAGAUUGGUAGAUGUCACUGCAUUAUCUUAUGGCAACUUGCGGUUGAUAAGCUUAGCUGACAUUUGCAUGUAUAAAUGCUUAUGUAGUGAUUAUGACAGUGUUAGGAACUGCUAUGAAUGUGCUACAUAGCCCUAUGUAUGUAAAGACCCAUACACUACAGUGUUAAGUAUCCCCUGUUUUCUGUGGUAUUGGCUCUAGCUCUACUCUCUGCCAAACAAGGUGAAAGAUUGAGAUGACAGAUGAAGAAUGGUUUACAUGCAUCCUGUAAUUUAUACAUCUUUCAAUGUAGCCAGUGUUCUUGAUCUGUUUGUUAAUAUUUUGGAUUUUAUUGAUGCUUCUGUCCAAUGUUGUUCACAAGAGCUGAAAUAUGUCGCUAUUUAAGUAUGGAUGUACAAAAUGAGAUUUAUCGUAAUAAACUGCAAAGUAACCUGG